AUGAGAAGCUUUUGCAGAAACCGUUCUCUUGUAAACAUUUUCCACUUUCUUAAGAUUUUCACCACUCUCUUGCUCUUUUACCAUUCCUCUUUCUUCCCCAUUUUCCUCCACUCAUUUUCACAUCUCUACGCUCUUUCCAUCACCCUCUUCUCCAACUCUUUCUUAGCGUUUCUCAUCUUCAAUGCCAUCAUUCUCUUCCUCUAUAUAUUCUCCAAUCAAAACGGCGACGUUCCCAGCGACAGCACCUAUAACCAUAACCUGAACCAGUUUCUUGAAAUAACCGCACCGGAGUUAGUUACCGAUCCGGUGGAGUCUCAAUCGGAGAAACAACAAGAUCCGGUGGUAGAGACGACUUUACUAGAGAAGAAGCAACGUGACUCUUUCAAUUCGGAAGUUAGAGAGUCUUCUGUGACGGCGGUUACUGAGAGCACGACCACGACAAUGACUUGUUGCACGACUGUGACAACAAGGGGAGAUGAUAAGGUUUCGGUUUCUGAGGAAAAAUGUUACCGGAGAGUUCUGUCGGAGUGUUAUGAGCGGAGGUGUGUGGUGGCGGAUGAACGGCGAGAGAUGAAGAGAUUCAACACGUGUUUGAAGAAGGAACCGCAGAGGCAACUGUGUUACGUGGAAAAGAUGAGUAAAGAAGAGUUUAAUCGAACCGUAGAGGAAUUCAUUGCUAAACACAAGAGGAUGCAAAGGGAGGAACAAGAACAACUACGAUCUCAAAAAACUGAGUAUUUGGCUUUGGCUCCAUAA